GAUAAACUACAAGAGGAGACAAUAGCCUUACGAGAUGAAAUAGAUAAAAAUGAGGAAUUAGAAAAAAUCACUGCUGAGCUUGAAAAAGAGAAGAAGAAAUUAGAAGGAAUGAUCUUUCAAUUUCAGGAAGAGCAUCAACAAACAUUCAAAGAAUUGGAAGAAACAGCUGAAGCUCUUAAGAUUCUUGAAGAACAAAACAGUCAACUCAAAUACACUACAGAUAUGUUACAAACCACUCUACAGGAUCUGGCUGAAGAAAGAGAACGAACUCUAGAACUUUUAAAGAAACGUGACCAAGAAAACUUGCAGUUGUUUUGCACUACAGAAGAGUUACAUAAAGAUUUAAGAGAAAUUGAAGAAGAAACACAAAUGUUGUUGCAAGAAAAACAGGAACUUGAAGCAAAAGUUACUAAUAAUGAAAUUCAAGCAAAAAUGUUGGAGGAAGAAAAACAGAUUUUCAGUGAACAAGCAGAUCACUUGCUUUCCUCAUUAAAUGAUUUAGAAGCACAGAAAGAAGUGACUGAAACAGAACUUAAAGAGGAAAUUAUAGCUCGUAUGUCAGCAGAGCGCAAACUUAAGGAAGCAGAAGAAUCUUUACAACGAUUAGAAGUAGGUUUAAAAUGUGAUUCCACUAGUGUGCUGAUGAGAGAAAAGCUUCUACCUGAUGUGAAGAACUUAAAAAAAUAUUUUGAGCACAUUGCUGAAGAAGCCAGGAUUGAUGCUGACAAACCAUUUAUAAUGAAAAAUGCUAUCUUAGCACGUAAAGCCUAUAUUCAGCGAGUUAGAACUCUUCGUCUGAAAAGUGCAAGAGAAGAAAAAGAACGAUCUUUUGCUAAUAUUUUUCCAGAACAAACAUCUUCAGACUGUCGACUGCGAAGAACCCAGUCUGUGUCUCUAACAAAUACUGCACAACAGAAAAUCAAGACAUUACACAGGACGAUGUCUACUCGAGCAGCUCGAACUUCUCUACCACCAUUACGGGAUCUUGGGAAAUCUUUUCCACCCCUGAAAGAAUAGAGAAAUAGUUGUGCAAUCUUUUAUAUUAAUCUUUGAGGUUUCAGGUUAUUAAUGUAUAUUAAAUAACAGGGCAAAAAAUAACAAAACACUUAUAA